CUAGCCGCGGUACCGGUGCCGCGGUCCUCUAUGUCCGCGUUUCGUAUGAAUCGGCAUGAUGAUUCCCGGUUUCGAUUAAAAAAUUCAUCCCUGUACCAAAACAGCCUCCUCAGCCCCUGGGGCCCAACGUACCAGCUUGGGGUCUAGGCGGCGUCAAUCCGAUGGAUAAAAUGAACCCAUACAGAAUUCUUCUCUGGCGAUGGCUGUUUCUCGUGAUGAUCGAAUGCUACGGAUACUCCGACCUGAGCAACAGCGCCGAGGAGGACAACUCGAAGCUCAUACGUAUCGACGGGGACGUCAUCUUCGGCGGCAUAUUUCCCAUGCACGAGCAGGUGUCUGGCUCUAUGGGACAAUCGCCCUGUGGCGCUGUAAAAGAAGAAAAGGGCGUACAAAGAUUGGAAGCCAUGCUGUACGCUCUGGACGAGAUCAACGGGGAUUCAGAAUUGUUACCCAACACUACACUUGGAGCGCUCAUCCUGGACUCCUGUAGCAGCGAGACCUACGCCCUGGACCAAAGCAUGGAAUUCGUUAGGUCGUACAUGAAUCAGGAUAUGUCGGAAUACAAGUGCGAGAAUGGCAAGCCGCCAAUUUACGUGCCGCACAAACCAGUCACAGGAGUAAUCGGAGCGUCGUUCAGCGUAGUGUCGAUCAUGGUUGCCAACAUUCUACGAUUAUUCAAGAUUCCUCAAUUGAGCUAUGCCUCCACCAGCAUCGAACUCUCGGACAAGAGUCGUUACGAGUACUUCAGCAGGGUGGUGCCACCAGAUAAUUUUCAGGCCCAGGCGAUGGUGGAGGUUAUACAUAUCCUGGGAUGGAAAUACGUAUCGACAGUGGCAGUGGAGGGUGACUACGGGGAGAAGGGAAUCGCAAGUUUCAUUGCUCUCUCCGCCGAGUACAAUAUAUGCGUGGCGGUCAGCGAAAAAAUCUUGCGCAACGCCAGACCAGAAGAUUUCGACAGAAUCAUAGAGCGUCUCAGUACGAAGCACAAUGCCAGAGGCGUCGUUCUUUUCGUCGAUGAAGACAACAUAAGGAAACUUCUUCAGGCUACGGUCAGAGCCAAUCGAACUGGUCACUUCAUGUGGGUUGGUAGUGACUCCUGGGGUGCCAAGGUUUAUCCUGUACGAGACCAGGAAUUCGCUGCCGAAGGCGCCAUCACGAUACUACCCUUUAGGAACUCACUUCAAGAAUUUGACGCAUACUACAAUAAUCUACGUCCACGUAUGGGCGACGAGUGCAACGGGCAAGCUGAGAAAAACGUGCCUCAUCCGCAGCUUCCUGGGAAAAUAAUAAACUGCCGUAACACGUGGUUCCGGGAAUUUUGGUCGCAGCAUCACAAAUGCAGCUUCGGUCCUUCCGUACCGCCCGGGAUGAAGCGUUGCACGGGCGAGGAGGAUCUUCUCGAUUAUGAGGAAGAGGGUCUGGUUCCGUUUGUAGUCGACGCAGUCUACGCAAUGGCGCACUCGGUUCACAAUCUCAUAGAAGACGAGUGCGUGAGAAAUCGUGGCACCGUUCACUGUCUCUGCGAGUCUCUGAAACCGGCACCGAGAGGGCAGCACCUUCUACAAAGGAUACGCAACGUCACUUUUUUUGGUCGCCAGGGAACCGAAAUCAAAUUCAAUUCCGACGGAGAUGCUUAUGGUUUCUACAAUAUUUAUCAGUAUCAGAGAAAGGACGAAGGACGCUUCGACUAUACCUUGAUUGGAUCCUGGAAAGAAACACUGGAACUCGAUAUAAAUAUGACACGAUGGGCGACGGGUCCAGGUGAACAUCACGUGCCACGAAGUACGUGCAGUGAGAACUGCCCUUUGGGUCACGUUAGGAACUUUCAGGAAGCUUGUUGCUGGAGUUGCCACGCCUGUCGCGAGGAAGCAUAUGUUUUCAACGACACCUGCCGCAAUUGUGAUCCUGGAUAUGCACCAGAUGACACAAAAAGCCGAUGCAUCAAGAUUGCAGCUGAGGUCAUCCCCUGGACCAGUCCUUGGGCUAUAGUACCACUCACGUUUGCCUCCAUUGGUAUACUCAGUACACUCUUCACGACGGCUGUCUUCAUAAGGUUCAACCGUACCCCAGUGAUCAUGGCUUCCGGUCGGGAACUCUGCUACGUACUGCUCGUAGGCAUACUCUCCUGUUAUGGUAUGAGCUUCGUCAUCCUGAGCAGACCAACCACCUGGAACUGUACCUAUCUUCGAAUAGGCUUGGGACUCUGUCUGAGUAUCUGCUACAGCGCCAUCCUCACGAAGACAAAUCGUAUCUCAAGGAUCUUCAAUCAGGGUAUGAAGAGUAUCAAGAGGCCGUCCUAUACGUCACCAAGGAGUCAAGUUGCUAUCGCUAUCGGGAUCACUGCAGUUCAACUGGUCGGAGCUAUCGUUUGGUUAAUUAUUGAACCACCCGAUACCAAGGAGAUUCAUCCUUAUCCACUGACGGCUGUACUCACCUGUCGGGUCUCUACGUUCUCCCUGAUGAUGUCGCUGGUCUACAACAUGAUCCUGAUACUCAUGUGCACCCUGUAUGCAUUCAAGACACGCAAGAUACCAGAAAACUUCAAUGAAGCCAAAUACAUUGGCUUCACCAUGUACUCAACCUGCAUCGUGUGGUUGGCCUUUGUACCAAUUUAUUUUGGUACCAACAACGACUACAAGGUACGCCGCUCAGCAUUCCCCGAAAAGAUACAGAUAGCCAGUAUGUGCAUGUGCAUUAACAUCUCUGCGACGGUUGCGCUUGGUUGCCUCUUCACGCCUAAGGUCUACCUGGUCCUGUUCCAGCCAUAUAAGAACGUCAGGCCUGGUCAUGCAAAUACUCCUGGUGCACAAAGUGGCAAUCGACCCGUGUACAGUAUGAGAUUCUCUGGUGCAAGGAGUCAAACGAUGCAGAGUGUCACAUCGGGAUCAAGGAGCAGCCCCACGCGUAUGGGGAGGUCGGACUCAAAGCAUGCGAACGAGCAUCGUCCGGACGAACACGAGAAGAUGCAUACGACCGAGAUGGAGGUGUAUGGUACCGACGAAUGCAACCUGUCCACGGUUCAGGAGCUCCCCGAGCUCACGGACACACCAAGCCCGCCUAUUCGCACCAGGUCGAAUGGCCAAAGCCCGCCUAACGAAGAUUCCUGCACAGAUUCAAUUCAGUCGUCGGACUCGAUGGAAAACGUUCACAUGGAGAUAAUACGCAGCAUCUCCGAGAAGGUAGCGGCCAGGUCACGUAAUCUUGAUCGUCCCAGGGAGGAUCGGACGCAUCAAGUGUCGAGCGCAUCGUCGACGUUCUCGGAGAAGUCCUCGUCGUCCCAGUGAAUAGAACUUCUACGAUGAAGAUCCUGAAUUCAGGACUCUUUUAGAGAGUGAUAUUGUGAUCGUGUUCUCGUUAGGUCAGAUUAUUUGACUGGAGAUGAAAAAUAAUUGCGAGCAAUCAUAGGAACGGUUCCUCCACGAAAAUCUCAAGAAGACAGCCGGAUGGCGUUGGUGUUAAUGCUAUUGAUCCUGAGAAAUCUCAUCUUCUCCUACAUUCUUAAGAGACAUUAUUGAUAGAUUAAUUAUAAGGCGAAUCUGGUCGUCUAAUCGAUGGCAAUAUUACCAUGCGUUUAGAACUUAUUAAUAUCGGGAGUAAGUUUCAAGUAGGUACGAGAGUGACUCAAGAGUAGUGACAUAUAGAAGGUAACCCAAUCUAACCUCUAGUCUUGAUAAACCAAAGAUACUCGAAAAUACGAGGUUAGGCUAGAUAGGAUGAAGAAAAAGGAAAAACAAAAAAGAUAACGAACGACGUGAAUAUCGUAAAAGCAAAAAUGAUUUGUCAACGUUAAUGUCAGUCUUCCAUGCGUCAUUUUCGCGAUUGUAUUUCUUGGAUUCGUACGUCCUCGCGUCCAGGAACAAAAGCGAAACAUAUCGAGCUUUACAAAAGUCCCGCUAGGAAUUCCGAAGAUUAAAUCGCGCACAGACAGUUGUAAAUCUUAUCCGGCUGGCGUACAGCCAGCGUUUCAUAGGAAACCGGUAAAAAAAAAAGGGAUGGCCGAAAGAUUCAAGAAAAAAAAUGGCGUAACGAGUAUAGUGACAACAAGUAAAGUUGGACCUUAGCCAAAAAUGAUAAUAUAUUACGAAUCACGCUCAAAUAAUUGUCAUAUUUAACAGUGAUAAUGAAACGCAUAAUAUGAUCAGUGAAUACAUGAAGGUUGACAAUGACAAUAAUGACUUCCAAACAUAAGAAGCACAAUUCCCCAUGAAAAAUGUGUGUAACAAUUCCAAAAUGAAGGAUUCUUAGUGACGACGUUUGAAAUGCUCGAUGAUACUCACUGUUGGUUAAAUAACCACUUAUUGCCAAUGAAAACUCGACUAAGUAAAUUUAUUUCCCCAGUGGAAAUAUAAAUUAGGGUUAAUUUAAGGGAAUCGAGUCAUCGUCUGGGUCAUCAAGUUCUGCUUACCAAGUAGUCUUAAGGUUGAACUUUUGGGUUAUGGGUAUUACAACCAUGUUAAAAAUGUUGACUGUGCCAACAAGUAAGGAUGGAAUAGAUUGACUUACUUCGCUGACCCGAUUUCCCAACGUGCUCGUUCGUCCGAACAAUGCACACAGACUGCAAUUUUGUACAGUUGUUUGUAUAUAAAUUGUGACGUGAUUUUUCGAUUUACGGUCACAAGGCGACUCCGGCUACCGAUACCGAUAACGUUCUCGCUUUCUGGUUCCCUUUCGGGUCGCCACCCUGCUCAGUAG